AUUUUGGCCACGAAAUAAGAUCACGGCUCAGACCUAUGGCAGAGCAGCGCGGUGGGGAGGGCAGGAAGUGUGAGGCGGACUAGACUCCAUUUGUGAUGAAGGMGCUUGGAGAGGGGGUCUCAGAUCAGGGCUGCUGCUGUUUGCCUCUCCUGGAGGGAGAGGAGCAAACGAUGAAGCUCUGACCGGAGCUGGAGAACAGGAGACGCGGCGGCGGCGGCGGCGGCGGCGGCGGCGCUCGCGUGGGGAGGCGGACAGCGGAGCCACGGAUGGGCUUUGUGGAUUUUCGGGGAGCCGACGGCGCGACGUUAGGACGGCUGCGUUUUAGAAUCGAUCGGAAACACAAGCGGCUCUCAGCGGCUCCUGGAGGAGAAGGAUGAGCGUGUUCUCCGCUUGGAGAGGGGCGCUUUGAGUGGGACAUGGCAAACGGAGGGGACCAGUUCGGCCUUGCAGAACGCCCUGACUCGGACUGCAUGGACCCCCCGAAAGAGACCAAAGAGGAAACUCCCAGCUUCACCUUUAAAUCUGCUGCUUCAGCUUCCAGUCAGCAGGGGAUGGAGGCCAUCAAAGUUCUCCUGCAUGACAGGGAGCUGUGGAGCAAAUUUGACGAAGUGGGAACUGAAAUGAUCAUCACCAAGGCUGGAAG